GACAUGUCUUUCUCAUAGCAACCCACGUCUAAAUUAUAUACGUUUUAAAUUUCCGUGCAAUUAAUAUAAUGAACUUUUUAUAAAUUUAUUGAUUUUAUAAUACCAUAUAUACAAUCAAUGAAAUGCUCUUGAGAUCUAAGAUAUCAUCCUGGAAGCUGCAGCGAUUUUUCACAAGAUUAUUCUCAUCAGACAAAGGUGGAGGAAGUAAGAAAAAUAUACCAGAAUGUGCGAAAGCGGCAAAAUUCGAAACAUGCCAGCUGGAUCCCUGUAUGCUAGAUCCAUGCAAGCCAGAACCAACUGUCGUGAUCGUAGGAGCCGGCAUGGCCGGACUGUCGGCAGCACAUCGAUUGGCUCAGUGUGGCCUCCAUAACUUUACAGUUUUGGAGGCGACAGACAGACCGGGUGGACGGAUCCACUCGUGCUGGCUGGGCGACGUGGUGGCGGAAAUGGGUGCCACGUGGAUCGAGGGUGGCUGCGUGGCGAACCCGGUGUACACCCUGGCGGCGCAGGAGGGUCUACUGAAGACGCCGCUUCUCAGGCCGAAUCCGAGUCACGGGCUCUUCUGCACCAGCGACGGUAGGGCCAUCGAUUUCCCGGUCAGCAUCGCGGCGUAUCACACCUUCCGGCAGAUCGAGCAGCAGGCGGCGGCCCUCUUCGCCCUUGGCUGCGGCCGUGCCCACGGUACGUUGCUGAAUUUUAUGGGCAUCAGAAUUCAGCAGGAGCUCCACAAUUUCCCGGAGGAGCAACGAUAUGAUGCCGCGAGGGUGAUGUACGGCCUGACGAAUUGCUUGAGAUGUCGAUGCGGAGAUGAUCUCUCGCUCGUCUCAGCCGAUCAGUUCGGCAGCUACAUCGAGGUCCCCGGUGGAAAUAUCAGGGUACCCUUGGGAUACGUUGGCGUGCUGGCCCCCUUGCUUCGACAUCUACCUAGUUGUUCCGUCAAGUACUGCAAACCAGUCAGUUGCAUUCGGUGGGGCGCGGUGAACGACGCGUGUCCGCGAGCUAUCGUCAAGUGCAGCGACGGCGACGAGUUCCCCGCUGAUUACGUGAUCGUAACCGUUUCGCUUGGCGUCUUGAAAAAUCAACACGCGAACUUGUUCCUACCGGGAUUACCCGCCGAAAAGGUCGAGGCUAUCAGCAAGCUCGGAUAUGGAAACGUCAACAAAAUCUUCCUCGAAUACGCGAGACCGUUCUGGGUCUGGCGAGAGGGUGCCAUCAAGUUGGCCUGGUCCGCUGAAGAACUCGCGGAUAGAUGCGAUUGGGUGAAAGGUGUGGCAAACAUCGAGGAACUGCCCAAUUCUCAACAUGUGCUCUGCGCCUGUGUGUGCGGACGCGAGGCCACGGACAUGGAACUGUGCCCCGACGAGGAGGUGGUGGAGUCGAUGACGUCGGUUCUACGUCGAUUCACCGGCGACCCGACGUUACCUUAUCCGGCACACAUUCUCAGGAGCAAGUGGGGCAUGGACCAGUACUUCGCCGGAGCCUACAGUUACAUGACGAUGGACAGCACCAUCGGUCACCAGUGUGAUCUGGCUAGUCCACUACCGGACUCUUGCGAAGCGAUACCUCCCAUACUCUUAUUCGCGGGCGAGGCUACUAUACCGGGGCAUUACAGUACGGUGCAUGGUGCAAGGCUCAGCGGCAUUCGUGAGGCGGAAAGAAUCAUUCAAUUAACAAAACAAUGCAAAGGUCCGCCAAAAAAAAAGUGGUCGUUCAGUGAUCUCGUAAUCCGAUCACAAUCAGUGAUUACGUGCGUGAAUUUCGUUGUGUGACAUAUAUAUUACAAUGAUAUCAUUGUAAUAUACAUUACAAAUCUUGUACUUCGUACAGAUACUAAUAAAAUGAUCUAUAUGGA